AUGGCUGGUGAAAUGAAGAAGCAAGACAAACGCGGUUUGUUGCCAUCCGCUCAACUUCAGGCAUCUGCACCAUUUGUGCCAAGCCAACCAUUGCAACCAGCUUUGUCUUUUGCUGCUCCUGCUUACGCCUCCCAAGCUGCUUUCACCGCUCCAUUGCAACAAGCUGUGCAAACUCAAGUCCAAAACACUCAAUCAGUUGAACGUAUCAAUGUCGCACAACCCUACCCAGUUGAACGUACAAUCGUCAAGACUGUUGGCGUUGACCGCCCAAUUCCACAACCAUACCCAGUUGAAGUUGUCAAGCACGUCCUCCAACCAUAUCCAGUAGAACGUCAAGUUCCACAACCAUACCCAGUCCAAGUUAAAGUGCCAGUUGAACAACCAGUCCCAUACCCAGUAGAACGUGUCCGCACCGUUGUCCAACGUAUCAAUGUCCCACAGCCAUAUGCUGUUGAACGUCAAGUUCCAGUUCCUCAACCAUACUAUGUCCAACAACAACCACAAGCUAUCGCUAUUGCCCAAGCCCAACUCCAACAACAAUUCGUCACCUACGCUCAACCUCAACAACAAAUUGCCUACGUCGCUCAACCUCAACAAAUUGCCUACGCCGAUCAACCUCAACAAAUUACCUACGCCGCUCAACCUCAACAAAUUGCCUUCGCUGUUGUUUGUAUGUUUGCCUUGGUGGCAACCAGCAUAGCUGGUGAAACAAAGAAGGAGAAACGUGGUUUGUUGCAUGGAAACCAUGGAUUAGCCGCCGCACCGGCUUCGGGUCACUCAUUCGCUGCACCUGCUUUGGAUCACUCAUUCGCUGCACCGGCUUCGGGUCACUCAUUCGCUGCACCUGCUUUGGAUCACUCAUUCGCCGCACCUGAUUUGGGUCACUCAUUCGCCGCACCUGAUUUGGGUCACUCAUUCGCUGCACCUGCUUUGGGUCACUCAUUCGCUGCACCUGAUUUGGGUCACUCAUUCGCUGCACCUGCUUUGGAUCACUCAUUCGCCGCACCUGCUUCGGGUCACUCAGCCUUUGCUGCUGCUCCAUUGGCCGCCGCACCAGCUCAUCAUGCACAUGUCGUCCAUGAAGAAGCCUACAUUUCAUCGGCCCCUGCACCAGCUGCCACCGUUCAACAAGUUGCCCAACGCGUCCACCAACACACUCAUACCGUUGAAAAAGUCAGCGUACCAGUUCCAUACCAAGUUGAUCGCGUCGUCGUCAAGCACGUUCCAAUCGACCGUCCAGUCCCACAAGUAAAAAUCAUUUCUUAUCCUUACCCAGUUGAAGUCAUCAAACACGUUCCUCAACCAUACGUCGUAGAUCGUCCAGUGCCGCAACCAUACGAAGUCCGCGUUCAAGUUCCAGUUCCAAAACCAUACGCCGUCCCAGUUGACCGUGUCCAAACUGUCAUUGAAAAAGUGCCAGUUCCUCAACCGUACACAGUUGAUCGUCCAGUCCCACAACCAUACCCAGUAUAUGUGCAACACCAACAACAAGCUGUCGCUGUUGCCCACCAUGAACCAGCUCUUGCCUUGCACGCUGCCCCAGCUGAUAUCAGUGCUCAUGGUCACUUAGCCGAAGGAGCUCUCUCCGCCGGAGCUCCUCUCGAGCAUCAUCAUCAUCAUCAUGGUGACCUCGCUCACCAUUACUAA